AUGAAGGCCGCUACUGUCGUUUCUUGCCUGGCGGCUCUCGCCAACGGUGCUGCCGUCAACCUUGCCCGCCGAGCGGGUCCUCUCGAUGUCAAGAUCGAGCAGGUCGGCAACAGCGAGCUCAAGGCCAGCAUCACCAACACCGGCACCGCCCCCCUGAGAGUUCUCAAGGCCGGUUCCAUCCUUGACGGAGCUCCCAUCGAGAAGGCUCAGUUCUCCACUGCUUCUGCCGACGGUGUCAGCAGAGUCGCCUUCUCCGGCGUCCGCGUCUAUGUCCACGACACCGACCUUCCGGACUCGGCCUUCCAGACCAUCGCCGCCGGCGAGAAGGUCGAGGUCCAGUGGGAGCCCGCCCAGGUUCACGAUCUCAGCGGUGGUGGCGAGUACAACAUCUCGAGUGUCGGAUCCCUCCGCUACGCCGAGGAGGGAAGCAACAAGAUCGCCGGCCAGGUCGUCUACGACUCUGGCGUUCUUACCGCCAAGGUCGACGGCGUUCAGGCCGCUUCGGUCCACGCCGCCUUCCACCAGAGCAUCGCGGCCAAGCGUGCCACCAUCCAGAACGACUGCACCGGCUCCAAGAAGACGGCCGUCACCAACGCCCUCAGCAAGGGCAAGGCCUAUGCUACGGCCGCUCAGUCUGCUGCUAACGCUGGUACUCGUCUCCAGCAGUACUUCCGGUCCACUUCGUCGAGCACCAAGAGCUCCGUCGCCAGCGUCUUCGGCAAGGUCGCCACCGUCCUCGGCAGCACAACCAGCGGCGCAAAGCUGCCUGGUACUGGUGGCUACAUGGUCACCUGCGACUACUUCUUCCAGUUCCCCGCGUCCGGCGCGGCUUGCCACGCGGCUGACCAGCCGUACGUCCUCGUUCACGAGGCGACUCACUUGACCGAGGUUGCGGGAACCGAUGAUGUGUGCUACGGCUACGAGGGUUGCGUUGACAGCAUCAGCGCUUCUCAGUCUCUCAACAACGCGGACUCGUUCGCCCUCUACGCCAACGGCAUCCAAGCCAGCUGCUAA